ACGUCUACAAAGUUUUUCUACUGUAGAGUUUUGGAGUCUUACCAAAUGAACACAAGUGCUUUUGAAAUAAUUAAUUAAUAACAUACUGGACAAAUGGGGUAACCAACCGGUCUUCUGGAAAGCUACUGAGUGUGCUGGUUUUUACACUAGCCCUACCUGAACACACCAGAUUUAGCCAAUCCUGACCUGAGCCUCAAGUCAAGAUGGAUGACAUCAACCUACACUACAGGUUCCUGAACUGGCGGAGGAGGAUCAGAGAUGUGCGUGCUGUACGCUUUCAGGAGCGCUACAAAAGAAUGCUGAAGAAUGGAGACACACUCAGCUAUCAAGGGAACUCUGAUGAGGUUGGCUGCUAUGUGGCUCCCCGUCCCUUAUCAAAGGGAAACUGCUACUUUGAGGUGACCAUAAUGGACACAGGGGUGAGAGGGACGAUAGCGGUAGGCCUGGUGCCACAGUUCUACAAGCUGGACCAUCAGCCAGGCUGGCUGCCACAGUCUAUAGCCUACCACGCUGAUGACGGCAAGCUGUACAAUGGAAACCCUGUGGGCCAGCAGUUUGGGCCCAAAUGCAACCGUAGUGACAGGAUUGGCUGUGGAAUAUACUGUGAUACCAUUGAGGCUGGGUUGACCACAGUCUUUUUCACCAAGAAUGGCAAAGAAGUUGGCUCGGUGGUGGUCCCGGUAGCGGCGGAGGGCCUGUUCCCAGCCAUCGGGAUGCACUCCCUGGGAGAGGAAGUGAGGCUUGACCUCCAGGCAGAGUGGGACAUGGAGGAGGACGACAGCGUCAUGAUGGUGGACAGCCACGAGGAUGACUGGGGACGUCUCUACGACAUCAGGGUCACUGGCACGCUCCUACAGUACGUGGGGAAGGGGAAGAGCAUCCUGGACGUGGGUCAGGCCCAGGCCCGGCAGCCCCUCAGCACACGCUGCCACUACUUUGAGGUGGAGAUAGUGGACGCUGGAGAGAAGUGCUACAUCGCGCUGGGCCUGGCCAGAAGGGACUACCCCAAGAACAGACACCCGGGCUGGAGCCGAGGCUCAGUGGCUUAUCACGCAGAUGAUGGGAAGAUCUUCCAUGGUAGUGGGGUUGGGGAGCCGUUUGGUCCUCGCUGUAUCGAGGGUGACAUCAUGGGCUGUGGCAUCAUGUUCCCACGGGACUACAUAUUGGAUGGUGAAGAUGACAUAGAUGAGUGGGACCCGUUGGAGGUGCUGCCGAGGCAGGGCGAGGGGCGCAUCCAGAACGUUCUGUACCUGAAUGAUGAAGAGUUGGAGGAGGAGGAGGAGGGGGACGAACUGGACCAGGAGCAUGACGGCAGGAAGGUCAUGGUGUUCUUCACACGGAACGGAAAGCUGAUGGGUCGCCGUGAGGUGGUGGUGCCCCCAGGGGGGUUCUACCCCACCGUGGGGAUGCUGAGCAGCGGAGAAAAGGUCAAGGUGGACCUGCACCCCCUCAGUGGAUGAACCUGACCGACCUGCAUCCUCUUAGUGGAUGAGAUGAGCCCAGAAACAGAACACUGCACCCUGUCAUCGCCUGACAAGUGACCACAUCAAGCCUUGCUGGGGAUCAGCGGAGUAGUGAAAUUAGGGCAGGGAUUCAUUCCACGGCGUACUAUAACUGACUUUUAAAGGUAUUUUAUGGUUGACCGUUUACCAUUUAUUUGAUCUCUGCAAACAUCUGGGAAAAUGCUGUUAAAAGGCAUAUUGUCGGCAGUAUAGGGUGCUGCCCUGUAGCGCACCUUGAAUAGAACCCCGGCCUUGGUCACAACCAUCAGGACUCACUGUGGCAAAACUACCAUCAUGUCUACUGUAGCAAAAACAAAAUUAUAAUAAUAAUAAUAUAUAUGCCACAUACACCAGUGCAGUGAAAUGUGUUGUUUUACAGGGUCAGCCAUGGUAGUUUGGCAAAUUAGGGUCAAGUGCCUUGCUCAAGGGAACAUCGAUUUUUUUUCACCUUGUUGUCUCGGGUAUUCGGACCAGCGAAUACCAAAACUACCAUCAGGACUCACUGUGGCAACACUACCAUCAGGACUCACUGUGGCAAAACUACCAUGAAGACUCACUGUGGCUAAACUAAAGGCUUAGCCUUUGUUGGAUAAUUCUGUGCAACUUGUUGUUUUUUUAUUUUUCAUCAAGCCACAUUUUUUCUCUGUCAAAGCAAAUAGUCAGUCCUGCCUGGUCCUGGGCUCUGAAACAGUGGAGCCCCUUAAAUGUCUCUCAUGAGGUCUACUGGCACACUUUGUUUAUUCCAUUUGUCAUCGCCCUAUACAUAGCAAUGCAUGUCCAACAGGUCUUGAGAGCCUGUUGGCAGUUCAUGUGAUAGGCACUAGUGAGUGAGUAGUGCCCUCCCGUGAGCACUGGAGGUUGCUUCCCAAAUGGCACCCUAUCCCCUAUACAGUGAGGGAAAAAAGUAUUUGAUCCCCUGCUGAUUUUG